AUGCUCAAGCAGCAGGUUUAUGUGAAGUCCACCGAACUGGAGUUCAUGAUGCAUGUUGAUGGUAGGCGUCAUGUGAACAUGCUUCCUUGCGAUGUCUGUGGAAUCGUCCUGCAGUGUGAGUGGGACUAUCAGCAGCAUAUCGGCGGUGUUGAUGAAGAUACUACCAUCACGUCCGUUGCUACCGUUAUCAAGAUAAAAAGCUGUGACACUAUGCAUAAUAGUGAUUAG